CCUCCCAAAGUUUCUUCAAUAUUUGACCCUUUUUCUCAUAGGACUUUGGUCCUUCAUCUCAUUCAGUGUUGAAAAUUACAAACCUUUCAAUAUCUUCUUUGACACCUUUCUAAUAUUCGGCCUAGUGCAGUGCAUAGCAUACGUUAAACGGCCAACUACACGAGCAUAAUCUAGUUGAUCGGAAGAGCCGCGGUGGCCGCCUUGAAGUACAAUUUUCAUCGAGCGGCGGGUAGAAUCCUUUGCAGACGACUUAAAUACGUGACGGGGUAUUGUAAGUGGCAGAGUGGCUUUGCUGCCACGAUCCACUGAGAUUCAGCCCUUUGUCGCUCCGAUUCGUAAAAAAAAAUAUAUAUAUAUAUAUAAUAAUAAUAAUAAUCUAGUUGACUAACAGAUCUUCCCGAGUUCUCAAACAACAUGGAUUUAGAAUCAAUUUCUCCCAUGAAAAGUCCUCCAAUUAAUUUGCAUUCUUCUUCUCAUUCUAGUUUUCCAAUUAUUGCCAUAGCUAUUAUAGGCAUUUUUGCUAUUAUUUUCUUGCUAGUCAUUUACUAUGUUUUUGUCAUCAAAUGUUGCUUGAAUUGGCAAAGAGUUGAUCUUUUGAGGCCAUUUUCAUUUUCAAGAAGUCGAAAUAUUGAAGACCCUUUAACGGUUUACUCACAAGCAGUGGAAAAUGAGGGACUGAACGAAUCAGUGAUUCGUUCAAUCCCCGUUUUCCAAUACAAGAAAAGGGAAGAAAAUACAACAACUUCUUGUGAAUGUGUUGUUUGUUUGAAUGAGUUUCAAGAAGAUGAGAUGCUAAGAGUCAUUCCAAAUUGUGGCCAUGUUUUUCACAUUGAUUGUAUUGAUAUUUGGCUUCAAAAUAAUGCAAAUUGUCCACUUUGUAGAAUUAGCAUCUCAUUAUCAAAAAAUACAACAAAUUCCCAAUUGGAUCAAAUCAUCACUCCUAAAGAUCAAGACUAUGUUGUGAUAGAAAUAGGGGAUUUAUCAAUUAGUCCUUCUACUAGAAAAAUUGAACCAAAUGUACCAAAAACAAAAGUCAAAAAAUUGAACCAUGUUUCAAGUAUGGGAGAUGAAUGCAUUGACAUAAUUAGGAACAAGGAUGAACAAUUCACAUUUCAACCAACCAGGAGAUCUUUCUCAAUGGAUUCGGCGUCGGAUCGACAACUUUACGUAGCAGUUCAAGAGAUUAUUCAGCAGCAAAGGCAAGUUACUAAUGUUAGUCCUAGUGAAGGUAGUAGUAGUAGAAUUAAAAGAUUUUUUUCAUUUGGGAAUGGAAGAGGAUCAAGAAAUGCAGUUUUACCAGUUCACUUAGAGUCAUAG